AUGUCCUACUACACCAACAACAGCAGUCCCCCGCCCCUCCAACACCCCGUCCCCACCCACCCGGCCUACAUCCCGGAGCCCCCCUCCACCCCGAUGUCUCCUCAGGGUUAUCAGCGUUACACCAGCUCUCCUUCUGUCCCUGGCUACCCUCAGCCCAUCCCAAAUGCCGGUCACCCAGCCCAUCUCUCUCCACCUUACGCCUCGGGCAACCAAUACCAGCCUUCACCUCACCAGCCUCACCUCCAGGGUCAGAUAGGUCCCGGCGCUCCGGUCGACUUCUCCGCUUGGGGUCUCGACAAUGCAACUGCCGCCUUCGGCAUGCAGCUUGGUCAAAGUGCCGUGGCCGCAGGUCAGGAAUAUGUUCAGAAGAACCUCGGAGGUUUCAUUCCCAUAUCCAUGCUCAAGCACCAUUUUAACGUCUCAAACUCUUACGUUAUCCAUAAGAUUCGCCUCCUCCUCUUCCCGUGGAGACACAAGCCUUGGUCACGCCGAGUCCUACGCCUCGAAAACGGUCAGUCAGAAUGGUCUCCACCCCGAGAAGAUAUCAACUCCCCUGAUCUCUACAUCCCUUUAAUGGCUCUUGUGACGUACAUUCUUCUCGCCGCCCUCCAUUCGGGCUUAAACGCCCGCUUCCACCCCGAGAUUUUCGGAGUCACUGCCUCAAAAGCGCUUGCCGUUGUCCUACUCGACCUUGUAUUAGUCAAAGGCGGAUGCUAUCUCCUCAACAUACCUGGCGGCCUCUCAAGUCAAGUGCUUGACCUCCUUGCCUAUGGGGGCUAUAAGUUCGUCGGUGUCAUCGUUACGCUGAUAGCUGACCUACUUGGCUUUGGGCGCACCCUCUACCUCUUCGUCUUCAUUUACACAUUCCUUUCCACCGCGUUCUUCCUGCUUCGCUCCCUCCGGUCGAUGGUAUUGCCAGACGCAUCCGCAACGGCGGCAGCCGUGAACCCUUCUCAACGCUCAAGACGAAUCACCUUCCUGUUCCUCGUCGCGGUGAGCCAGGUCCUCUAUAUGGGUAUCCUAGUGAGAGUAUAAUACCCGUGAUGUUGUCCCAUUACGAGCUGUCGGACGAGUGGCCUUGGCACUGCAAUGAACGCGGAGCAUUCG